GCUUUUGAUAAAAGACGAUGGAUGAGCAGCUGCCGGUGUUGGAGGUAUAAAUACAGUCACAUCUCCUGUCUUCUCAACCACUGCUCUCAUCAGUAACUCACAGCUGUUUGACGACUGCAGGAAACUGUUGGUGAUAAUUCAAGAUGGCAAUCGCUCUGCUGGUCCUGUUGGUCAUCAUGGUGUCCAUAGUGGACUCCCGUGAAUUAAAAGAUGACGUCCUUGACCUUCAGAAUGUCUUAAAGACAGUGAAAUCGAGGCUUGCUCUCCUUGAGCAGCAGGCGUACUUCAAGGCAACAUUUAAUUCGGGAACACCAAAAAUUGCACCAGGCACUGUGGUGUUCGACAAAGUCCUGGAGAACAUUGGCAACGACUACAGCUCCGCCAACGGCGUCUUCACGGCGGACAUCAAAGGUCUUUACUUCUUCUUGGUUCAGUCCUUCACCAACGGAGCAGGCGAUGCCAACUGGGAUUUGACUGUCAAUGGCCAGAUGGUCCUGCGCGCGGAGUCGACGACUCAGGGUAGCACCAGCAACGAGUACGUGUACCCGGUGGCCCUCAAGGUUGGAGACAAAGUCUCGGUGAGCAGCCGUUCUUCAAUCGACGUUUGGGGAAUUAAUCAUAGUUUCUUCGCUGGGUACCUGGCUAGGGCUAUUCCCUAAGAUUGUUGUCUAUCUGGGUGCCGAUUUCAAUUAUUUUAAACUGUUUCAUCGUACUGAAAUAAAACUCAAAAAAAUUUAACUUUUCAUGUUUUGAAACUGAUAUCCACAUAAAUGGUUUGUUGUUAUGAUUACUAUUUAUUUUAUUAUUCUUACUAAAAACAUACUAACAUGUAAUAACUGAAAAAAAAAGGAUGACAUAGACUGUUUGCCUCAAUAACAAUCACUGUUUCUCUGUGGAUUUCUGCGUUGGAUUCAGUUUGUGUUUAAGGUCCAGUCCGUGUUGUUAUUAUUCUGAUCCUUAUUAUUAUUAUUAUACGCAUCCUGAUGCAGCCUACCCCAAAUUUAGACAAGGCUUCACUUUUCAACAGUUUCUCAUUUCGAGUGUUAAUCAAGUACGUGGCUGCAUUUUCCGCAUUAAACUAUUUUAUUUCACUGAA